GGCGACUGAAAUCCCACUGGAACCUUCACUAUGUACGCAGGACCACUCGGUUUCUCUCCGGUCAUGGACAGGAUACACGCACAAGGUGUUCAAGCAGCUUUGUACCUGCCCGAACCUCAGCGGUCCGAGAACCUGAGAACUGUCUUUGCUCGGAUGGUUAGCCCUCGUGAGGAUGCGGUAUUUGUUAAGCAAUACGUGGUUGACAUGGUUGCCUGCCUCAUACCAACCCAGACCGCCAUAAACGAGCAGUUCUCAACAGAGAUGGCAAACUCGAAAUCAUAUCCCGGGCUCGAACCAGUUGGGGGUUUUAGUUCAUUUGCGAAUGCUUGUUUGAACGCAGGACUAGUCCCCACGAUGAUAAAGCUCAUGCAACAAGACUGGUCCGGAGAUCAAGUUCGCAAAGAAAGGUACAUCUCCCAGUACAGAGCAUUGCAGGGCCUUUGCAUGCUGUUACGGACAGGAAAUGUCUCCGAACAGCAGUCUCUGGUGGAGGCAUUAUUGAAAGAAGGUGUGGUUGAGAUCUGCAUACGUUACUUGAAACACAGGCUAUGCAUCAUGCGUCAGGCUGCUAUCUCUGCGUUGCACGGGCUCAGUCACAGCUUCCUCGGACUGUACAUCUCUUCCUCCACCGCAGCCCACAUAGUCGAGUCUGUUUGCACUUACGCACUGCGCGGGCCAAAACAUGUCGUUGAUCAGCUGAAUGACUCUGCAACUGCCUGGCAGAGCGAGCUGUUUUCGGAAGACAUAGAUGGUGGUCAGGAGGAAAUCAUCAGGUUUGUGCCUAAGUACUAUGCUAUGGCUCAAGAUCUUGCGGUAUACACGGCACAUGGUAUCCUCUGCACGUUUCCUUCCCGAUCACAGGACUUUUGCCUUGCCGCCUUAAAGGAACGUCCUCAUAUAUUGGACCUUCUGCUGUACUGCGCAACCAUCAACCGACCCACGGCCUACCCGGAGUCUCAAAUGAAGGCGACAUCACUUGAGGCGCUAAUAGCGCUGUUCCAAUGGCCCUGCCACACUGUCCCUGGGAGUCCUGCGACGGUCGGGAUGUCUACAUCCGAGCGGAAGAUAAUGUCUCAGUCCAUGUCUGUCUUGACAUCUCGUCCGGAAUGGUCGGACAAGCUCAUCGAGGUGUGGAUGCGUCUUCAGGAAGAGGACUUGAUACAUGCUCAAAGAUAUCUAAACAGCUCAAAGGAUAACGGACGUGAUCCUGAUUCACCGUACAUGGAGGGUUUUAAGAAGUUUUUCAGAAGCCGUGCCGUUUGCCGGGCUUCCGUGCUAAGGCUGAUUGCUACGUUUACACACGCAGCAGAUCCGUGCGGUAUCACAAAUGCUCAGAUCGAGUCCUUUCUGCAUAUCGCCUACUUUGGCUGCCGCAAAGGAGGAAAGGACAUCAAGGAUUGUUCCAGCGCGGUUGAAGCAAUAGGUACCUUUGAGUACGAAGAAGACGUAUAUCAGAUGCCCAUAGGCUCAGCCUGUAUGGACCAACCUGACUCUGUCGACUCACCAUUCGUUGUCGCACCGCAAUGCGUCCUUGGACCUAUCGCGCUCAUUCGACUGUUUGUGGUUCUGGCGCAGCGAAAGGCGCUUGACAGCAUACAGACACUUCGGAAGGCGCCGAUCGGACUCUCGUCGUCGACUUCACUCGCGCAAAUCCAAGUGAUCACGCAUCCGGAUGUCAUCCGUCGGGCUAUCGAGAUAUCUCAGGUGCGUAUCCUCGAGAGGCUGGAUACAGGUCGCGAUUACGCAGAGGACACCAAGAACUACGCGUGUGUGAUCUUCAUGAGUGCAGCCGAGCUAGCCGCCGCUGUGGUUGCACUCGAUGAACACACGGAGGGGAGGUAUAUGGCAGAAGCGCGUGGGGCAAGAAAGCAGCUUGUCAUCGCUCUCGGGAAUGCAUCACAGAUGGCUCUGAAGCUCGAGCAUUACCAAAAGGCACUGCGCCUCGCGGACGCUGCUAUUGGUGUGGCGGAGAAUAUACCGGCUGAAGAGAACUUAAACCCAGAGAUCACGGAGAAGAACAAGCGCCGCGCGAGCCAAGCCACUGCUGGACUUCAGCGCAAGUAACAGCUUCUUCUGCUUGCUAUCAUGCUAGGAGGACCUGAAGCUAUAUCAUACACUGAUUGUAAAGCUCACUGAGAAACAGUUUGAACGCAUCUCGGUGUCACUUUUUUGACGUUAUCAUACCCAAUUUGCUUUAGAGCUUCAUAACCUUUGGUACAAUCUCAAUCCAAUACCUAUUCAUCG